AUGUUCAAUCUCCGCAAAACCCACCCCAUCAUAAAAAUCAUUAAUCACUCAUUCAUCGAUCUACCAGCACCAUCCAACAUCUCUGCCUGAUGAAACUUCGGAUCACUACUAGGCAUCUGCUUAACUAUACAAAUCCUUACAGGCUUAUUCUUAGCAAUGCACUACACCGCUGAUACAGCAACAGCUUUCUCAUCAGUAGCCCACAUCUGUCGAGACGUAAAUUACGGCUGAUUAAUCCGCAACCUUCACGCCAAUGGAGCCUCUAUAUUCUUCAUAUGUUUAUUCUUACAUAUCGGACGGGGAAUCUACUACGGCUCCUACCUCUACAAAGAAACAUGAAACAUCGGAGUAAUUCUCCUCCUAACCGUUAUAGCAACCGCCUUUGUCGGCUAUGUACUCCCAUGAGGACAAAUAUCAUUCUGAGGAGCAACAGUCAUUACCAACCUCUUAUCAGCCAUCCCAUAUAUUGGAACAACACUAGUAGAAUGAAUCUGAGGAGGCUUCUCCGUAGACAAAGCCACCUUAACACGAUUCUUCGCCUUCCACUUCAUUCUCCCAUUCAUUAUCACAGCCUUAGUACUUGUCCACCUCCUAUUCCUACAUGAAACAGGAUCCAACAACCCAUCAGGAAUCAAUCCUGACUCAGACAAAAUCCCAUUCCACCCAUACUAUACUAUUAAAGAUGCACUAGGACUUAUACUCAUACUAUUAACCCUCCUUCUCCUAACCCUAUUCUCACCAGACAUACUAAGCGACCCAGACAACUUUUCCCCAGCCAACCCACUCAACACACCACCACAUAUCAAACCCGAAUGAUACUUUCUUUUUGCAUACGCCAUCCUACGAUCAAUCCCCAACAAACUAGGAGGAGUACUAGCACUACUAGCAUCUAUCCUUAUCCUACUAGCCAUACCACUCCUACAUACAUCCAACCAACGAAGCAUAAUAUUUCGCCCAAUUUCCCAAACACUCUUCUGAAUCCUCACAGCUAACCUACUUAUCCUAACCUGAAUCGGAGGGCAACCAGUAGAAGAACCAUACAUUAUCAUCGGACAAGUAGCCUCAAUCUCAUAUUUCCUCCUAAUUAUCGUAUUAAUACCCAUAGCAGGACUUUUCGAAAACUUCAUACUUAAACCCAAAUGAAGA